UCGAUUCUUGACCCUGCCAUUCUCCUCAUCCCACAUUGGUCUUUCUGUUACCUGCCGUGUGCUGUGUGCUCCGCGGUGCAUGUGUAAACUGUCUAUCACCAUCUGCAUUUCUAAAAUCCUUGAUCGAUUCUCCUCCCCCAUCCAUCCAUAAUGCUUAGCCGGGCCGUACUGCCUCUGACGAGGCCUAAUAUCCUCGCUUCAACUGUCCGUGCUUCUACAGUCACAGUCCCUCACUCGCGCUGGUAUGCGAAGAACAGCAAACCCAAAUCUUCCUACAACCUUCCCGACUCCAUCAAGGCGUCGCAGUCCAAGCAGCCCUCUCAGGCUCCGGCUCCCAAGCAAGAAGACAAGCAAGCAGACUAUGCCGCAGAGCAGGCCGAAUUUGAUACCAAGGCCGACCCGCAGAGCAAUGCCUCUUCCCAACAGACCUCCCCUGAAUCACACGCACCCGAAGAAAAGGAACUCCCUCGCCAGCCCCUCCCCGACCUUACCCAGGGUAUCCCCUCCACCCUCGCGGCCGAGUUGGAAGCUCGCCAGACCGGUCGCCCAUCUACCACUCUGAACCUCACCGAGGAUCCCUCCCGCGCCGAAGACUACGCCGAAGAUGAGGGUCGCGGCGAUAAAUCCAAAGACCACUAUACUUCCUCCCUCGACCGCAAGCGCGCCCGCAUGGCCAACCUGUUCUCGGCGUUGUUCUUGCUAGCCGGUGCUGGUGGAGUGGCUUACCUGGGUCGGAACUGGGAGAACGAGUUGGAAGAGAAGGCUCACCCCGAGACUCCGUCCGGCUGGGGUCUAGGACUGUGGUAUAACCGCGCCAAGGCCCGUCUCGGUGACAUCACCAGCUACUACAAGGACCCGGCCUUCCCCAAGUUGCUACCGGACGAGGACCCCAACAUGCGCCAGCCCUACACUCUGGUGCUGAGUCUGGAGGACCUGCUGGUGCACAGCGAGUGGAGCCGCGAACAUGGCUGGCGUGUGGCCAAGCGACCCGGUGUCGACUACUUCCUCCGGUAUCUGAACCAGUACUACGAGCUUGUCCUGUUCACCAGCGUGCCCAGCAUGAUGGCCGAUCAGGUGCUCCGGAAGCUCGACCCCUACCGCAUCAUCCGCUGGCCCCUGUUCCGAGAGGCCACCAGAUAUAAGGACGGUGAAUACAUCAAGGAUCUGUCUUACCUGAACCGUGAUCUCUCCAAGGUCAUCCUUCUUGACACCAAGGAGGAACACGCUCGCCUGCAGCCCGAGAACGCUAUCGUCCUUGACAAGUGGCGUGGCGACCCCAAGGAUAAGACCCUGGUCGCCUUGAUUCCUUUCCUGGAAUACCUCGCCGGUAUGGGCGUUGAGGAUGUGCGCCCCGUCCUCAAGUCCUUCGAGGGCUCGUCUAUCCCCGUCGAAUUUGCCAAGCGUGAGAAGGCCAUGCGCGAGCGCUUCGAGCAGGAACUCGCCGAGGAGCAGAAGCGCCGCCCUCGGAGUGGUCUGGGCGGCUUCGCCUCCGCUCUGGGUCUGAAGUCCAACCGGACUCUGGACGGCGAGCAGAGCCCCGCCGAGGGCCUGGCCCAGGGUAAGAUGCUCUGGGACCAGAUCCGCGAGCGCGGCCAGAAGAAUUACGAGAUGAUCGAGAAGGAGAUCCGCGAAAACGGUGAGAAGUGGCUGGCCGAGAUGGCCGCCGAGGAGGAGAAGGCUCGUCAGGAACAGAUGGCCAUGAUGAAGGGCUCCUUGACCGGCAUGUUCGGUGCUGGUGGUGACAGGAAGCAGUAAGCAAAAAGUCAAAAAGUGAAACCGAUCGUCACUUGCUUUGUGUUUCUUGAUUGCAGGAGCACUCUUUAUGAGAGCGGGUGCUUGGGUUCCAUACGAGCGCCACCAACGAACUUCCUCUCUCUCUGUCUCUCUCCUCUUCUUUAUUUUCGUGUCUUGUCUUCCUUCUUCUUUUAAUCUACGUAUACCUGGGGUACACUGUUGUUACUGUUGUUCUCGGGACCGGGGUUUUCGUGUUGUGCUUUUUUUUUCUUCUCUUUCCUUAGAAGCAGGGGUUUCUGUCCCGCGCACCCAUCCUUUGAUCACGGGCUGAUUGUAAAAUAGCAUCCUUUUUUUCGUUAUUGUUGUCCAUCUAGGAGGGAGGUUAUGUAUAAAUUGG